AUGACCGACCGUCAGGAGACGACCCUCGACGACAUCCGCAACUCCAGGCUUUCGAACGCCACUAAGCUCUCCUACGCAAGCGGUAUGCGGAGGAUCUACGAUUGGAUCAACACCCUCAGUCAAAUGGAGCGCGACCGCAUGCUCAGCAGUGACGGCACCAUAAGUAUUGUUGGCUUCACCUACCAUGACUUCCCCGCUUUUAUUGUGCUUACCCUCAGUGCACGUGAUAUUAAGGUGGCCACAAUGUCAGGCUACCGAUCGGCCAUCAAAGACUACUACAAGCAACACAACACUGCGCUGCCAAGUGGAUACGACACUGACAUGAAAGAUCUUUUUCAAGGCAUGCAUCGCCUAAAGGCGACCGCAGAGCAGUCAAGCUCUAUCAAGGACUCGGGCAAACGACACCUUAAGUUUGGACACUACCAAGCGCUGGCAUUAGCGUCUGUGAAGGCGAAUGACGGUGGCUUUCAACACCUCUUUUUGGUGCUUUCGUGGAACCUGAUGGCUCGAUCUAAGUCCACGGAAACCGUUCAACUGGACCAUCUUACCUUGGAAGGUGAUGCCCUUGGCGUCACGUUCUAUAAGACGAAGACUGACCAGACCGGCAGCAAACGUCGCGACCCCAAGCACUUGUACGCCAACCCCCUUAACCCGUCCAUCUGUGUGUUUUUGGCAUUUGCUAUCCAUUUUGCCUCAAACGUGUGCCUGACUGAUGGGCCCUUGUUCGUUGGGUCCAACCAAAGGACUCGGUUUGGUAAAGGCCUUCGUUCUAUUGUCAAGUCAGGUGAGCUCGGUACGACAGAAGAUAUUGGCACCCACUCGGUUCGCAAGGGUGCAGCAACGUACGUUUGCUCGGGCAGCACAGCCGGACCCUCCAUCAUCAGCGUGUGUUUACGGUGUGGCUGGUCCUUGGGAAACGUCGUUGAACGGUACAUGCACUAUGAAAAAGCCGGGGAUCAGUUUGUCGGUCGCACAGUUGCUGGCCUGCCGUUGAACAAGGCGGACUUUGCUGUGCUGCCACCCCACUUUACGUCCAACUCGGACGCCACCGUCGACGACACGGUGAUGCUGCUGUUCCCCGUACUCUCGGCAGUGCCCAAGUUUGUCCCCAUGCUGCGCCUCUUUCUCGCGUCUCUCGUCCAGCACUCGGGGUGGCUGAAGAGCCACCUUCCGCCGAAGCACGCGCUGCUGCACACAGCACUGUUUGCCGACCCCAGCCGCUUGGAACGGCUCGUUCCACUUGUCGCAACAGCGUCCACACUGAUGCAGCCAACCGGCCUUCCCCCGUACGUUGAGAUCUUUAGCCUUAUGGAGGCCAGCAAAACCUCUGUCGACGCCGUCAAAACGUCCAUCGACAACAUCGCUCCAAGCGUGAUUGCGGGGGUCCAGGGCUUGCUGGACGAUCGCGACUUUGCUUCUGGGGUGUUGACCCCCGCACACUUGCACUCAACCCUAGAGACCACGGUUACCCGGUUCGAAGCCUCUAUGAGGUCGAUCGUUGGCUACCCCGUCCCUGCCCAACCCCUCUCCGCUGAAGCGUCGACCACUCCCUCCCAUGCGAUUGUUCGGCAACUGUACACGUGGGGGGGCGGGAUGCAUCGGGUUCCCGAAGCCUUUUCGAUGCCGCUGGUCGACACAGCCACAGCUUGGUCCCUAUGGUGGGGCUCCAUCAACAACACUGUUCCGUACAGGUCACUUACCCCAUCGGAUCUGGCAGCCAAGAACGACAAGCGAAUCUUGUCAGAGUGGCUGCUUGUGAUGUCGUUUUUGACUGCUGCCUACAGGGAAGCCAUGGGUUGCAGUUGUACCGCUUCGUGCACUGCUGUCGACGACUCCGAAGGGUCGUGA